AUGGAACAUUAUCGUUUAAACUCGGAACAAAAAGAUAGAAAAAAAGCUCUGGACCGUAUAAAUAAAGAUCUUAAAGAGGUGGAAGAAUCUGAUUCAUUUGACAUAAGGAAAAAAAGAAAAGCUCGAGAAAUUCUUGACAACUGGAAAUUGGGACUGCUCGUCUCCAGUGAUGAACUGCUCGUUCGCCGCCUAGUGCAAGCUGGGACUGCUCGUCUGAAGGAUAGUUCCUAG